GAAAAUGUCAGCCUAAUUAAAGAAAUUAAUAAUCUCCGACGUGAGCUUAAGCAGUGCCGCACUCGAAUAAAGGAUCUUGAAGCCGCAUUAGGGCUAAAUCGGCGCGAAGGUGAACAUGCCAGAGAGCUACUUCAUCAAGUUGAACAUUCACAGCCAAACCUGAUGCUAGAGCGCGAGCUUAAUGAGGCACAACGCACUUUAGAGGCUCAGCAAGACUUAAUUAGGCAGCUCAACGAACGUUUGGUAAAAGCUGCUUCAAUUAAUACUCUGAAGACCUCACAGAUCCUUGGUGCAGCCAGCAUUAUCCCAAAGAGAACCAAGAAUGAAGAGGAUGUAGAUCAAGGCGAGGAGGCCAAUGACAUUCUGCAGCAAGUCAGCUUUCUAAACUCUGUUGGCAGCGCUGAUAUGGCAGCUUUGAACAUCCAACAGGCAUCCCACAACAACCAAAACAGCCAUACGAACAGUUCUUCGGCCUGUCAGCUUCCACCACUGGUUGAACAACCAGGUCACAUAGUUGCAUCUCUCCAGACCACGACUGCUUCUUCUUACUAA